GAUUCAUAAGGCGGUCCUCGAUGUGAGCUAGUGCGCGGAAACCAUGGAGCUAUGGACGAGGUGUGUCGGAAAGGCAGUACCUACUCGUGUAAGGAAUUUAUCCAAGAACCGAUAAGGAAGAUGUAUGGAUUUUAAAGAAAAAGGACACAACUGAAUUUGGGACGACGGCAAGAGACACUAUAAAUAAAAUGAUAUAGUCAUCGCAGUACGUAAGAAUUUCCUUGCUGAAAGUCAAGCUAUCAGAGCUCGAAAAGGAUAAAUCGAAAAGUAAUACCAUUUGGGCCCAAAAUGGAGGUUUUUAUGGAGAACACUAAUCAUUCAAAUGUUGUUGUUGGUUCGAAUCUAAAGUAUGUUUUUGGAUUGAAUGUCAGCGUAGUGAAUGGAUCAAGUACUGUAUUCCCUGCACCUUUGCCGGCUCAGUUCGAUGAAAUAAAAUUGGUUGAAUUUUACCUGACAGGUGUUGCAUCAAUUGUGAUUAUAUCACUGGGUCUCAUUGGAAAUAUUUUAACAAUUGCUGUACUUACAAAACGAACGAUGCAGUCAUCAACAAACUGCUACCUAAAAGCUCUGGCAAUGUGGGACAGUGUUGUUUUAAUAAUUACGUUCUUUCUGAUUGGAAUUCCAUCUGUAUCGGAACCUUACAGAGAAAAUAUCUUACCCUAUGUUAUUGUCUACGCUUAUCCCGCUGGCUUAGUUGGUCAAACAGCAACCAUCUGGUUAACUGUUUCGUUCACUGUUGAGCGCUAUAUAGCUGUAUGUCAUCCGCUCAGAGCUGCUAGCAUGUGUACUAUGGCAAGAGCUCGUAUGGUCAUACUGUCUGUAUCUGUUUUUUCCUUUGUCUACAAUGCGUCACGUUGGUUUGAAUAUGAAAUAGAAUACCGACUUAAUCCUACAGACCAUACGAUUCUUGUGAAAGAAAAGACCACUGAUAUGGGUGAAAGUAAAAUAUACCGUAAAGUCUAUUUCUUGUGUCUCUAUCUACCAAUUAUGUGCUUUAUUCCGUUGACAUCUUUAGCCGUCAUUAAUAUAUUCCUCAUUCUUGCCGUGAAAAGGUCACAACGUCAGCGUCGUGAUAUGAACGUACGCCAAUCAAGAGAAAAUAACGUCACAUUAAUGCUUGUAUCAGUUGUUAUAGUUUUCAUGAUCUGCCAAGUUCCUGCGCUCAUAUACAAUACAGCUUAUGCUAUUGAUAGCAAAAUGGUGUCUACUAUCGGAUGGAUAAUUUUAUCUUUAAUAAGAAACUAUUUGGUUACGCUAAACAGCGCUAUUAACUUUCUGUUAUACUGUGCUUUCGGACAGAAAUUUCGGCGCAUAUUUAUCCGAACGUUCUGCCGAUGCUUGAUUCCGGAAGAGGAUUUUAGUUCACUUACUUACCAAGGAACAGUUAUCAACCCACAUACGACAGCGAGAAGAUACAGCAAAACACAAAAGUUGCAUGCAACUACAACUGACGUUAUAGACAUGACAUCAUCAACCACAGCAACGCAUGCAAGUAUACUCUCGCGAUACUCUUCUCAUUCUUCGUUCGACGCUAACUCCCUCUAUCGAAAAAAUACGAUCAACAAAUACGAAAACCUCACGAAAAAUAAAACGGAUCCUUGUGAUGAUUUGUUCUGUGAAAAAUUAGGCAUUGAUGAGAAUGAAAUUUUAAAUAACGAAAAAUCCAAAAAUGAAAAUCUCGAAAGAGUUAAUUCGGAGAGUUAAAAUAUAUAUAUAUAUAUAUAUAUAUACACAUAAACACAUAUACAUAUACAUCAAUACAUACACACACACACACACACUCUAUAUACAUAUAUACGUAUAUAUAUACAUAU